AUGAAGAACGAUGUGAACGUCACCCUUGGCCAUCAGUCGGAGUAUAAACCUCCGGUUCGAGGGGGGCCUGCUGAGCCAUGUCUCUCCGCCGGCUGGUUGGAUAAACGCGAUAUUCCGGGAGCGUUACCUACGAGGUGGGCAGGUAGGAAGGACAAACGGCGCGACGGGCCUUACAUUGGCCCAGAGAUACACCAGAUCUACAGAGUACUGGCUUCACUGGGAUUGAGACCUAGGAUAUAUGGUGGAAAGGGACUAACUACCCUGGCUGAUCCGUCUACUGAUAAGAAGUGCAUUAUAUUCUUGCGUGACCAGGAGGGUCUUGUGCGAUCAGUGACGCAAGAGCUGAUCAUUAAUAUAAGCAUACUCAAGGUCGAUCCAUUUGAGCAAGAUGCUGCAGAUGCGAUUAAGAGAGUUGUUGAAAAGAUAUUACGGUCCCAAGAGGCGGCACAUCAGUAUCUAGAUCGCGAGUUUGCCUUCCAUGAUGAUACCAUAUACACUAGCCGAUGCUAUUGGCCUCUUGAUGGUCAGAACAUUCCAGAGUUGAAGGGAUAUACUCUCAAGAAGAUACAUGUUGGCAAAGCUGGUCUGCUUGACCGUCUGAAGUGGUUGGAAUCUUGUGAAGUGGGCCUGCAUGAUGAUGAGGUUGAUGUUCAUCUUCAGUAUGUUGGUUUAGUCUAUUUACUCUACAGAGUUUGUGCUCCUCAGCGUCGAGUUGGCAAGCAUGUCAGCAACCUCGUGGCAAGCGAUGAAGUGUCAGUAGUGAGUCCUGGAGUCCUUCGUAACCAUUUUGUGGUCGAUCAGAAACACUGUAGAAAGCUUUUCAGCAGGUCUUUGAUAAGAGAUGCAGCAGGCAUGGCGCUGGCGUACUUGACAGCAAUCUACUCGCUGGAUCACGUCGGACAUGUACAGAAGGACCAGACUGCCCUCAUUCACUCUGCAUGUGGGGGUGUCGGUCUAGCCGCUGUUCAAAUAUGCAAGAUGCACGAACCGAUGUAUGCAACCGUUGGGACUCAAUUGAAAGGAGACUAUCUCGUGCAUGAUAUGGGCACCCCCUCUUCUCAUAUAUUCGAUUCUAGGAGUACAAGCUUUCUGCAGUCCCUUGAUGGAAGCAACGGGCGGCCGUGGCGCAGAUAUUGUUUCGAACUCGCUUGCUGGGCCCCUGCUGCAUGCCUCGUGGGCGUGCGUUGCCCCAUUUGGGAAGAUUAUUGAACCGGGGAAGUGGAACUUUCUUCUCAACGACAUGCUCACUCUAUAGUCAUUCAUUCAAAAUCGCUUUCUUUGGUAUGGGCCUCUUCCAGAUAUAUCUGGAUAAUGUGAUGAUAUAUGACAGUGUAAUCAAAAGAAUCACGGAAUUGUACAAUCAGGGCAAUAUCAUUCCCAUUCGCCCGGUCACACUGUUCGAAGCGCACGACAUAGCAGAAGCCUUCCGGUAUAUGCAGCAAGGCAACCCUAUUGGAAAGAUAAAUUUAAAGAAUGCCUGAUGGCUCUUGUCAGUUAUCAAACUCGAUAAUAAAGAGGUUGGUGUCAUUCCAGCCGAAUGCAUCCUAUCUUCUGGUUGGUGGGCUCGGAAGAUUGGGGCGAGCAGUGUCCAUAUUGAUGAUAGAGAGAGGGGCGCGUCACCUAGUGUUUUCUUCUCGAAACGCAGGCGUACCGGAAAGUGAUAAGGAGAUUAUAUGCGAGCAUGAGGCUGCAGGGUGCCAUGUGCAGUUUCCUCGUCUCUAA